AUGUCCUUGGACUAUCGUUCAUCUGCGUUACAGCUCGCCACUCAAUAUACCACCUUCCUUGAACUUGCAUUCCCGGACGCAGCGUCAUUUGAUGUGGAGAAGUGGGCCCUCCAGGCGGACAAGCAGCGGCUAGAAUUGUUUCGGAAGGUUAAAAGAUACAAUUUGAAUCAGAAAAUCUUCGAUAAACCCAAUGGCGAUCAGGGUUGGCGCUAUCCUAAGCCGGAUCAGUAUUUAGCAUUCGCCUUGAUAGAGUCUUCACUAAGGUUCGCGAAAACCGCUGCCACUGUCACCAUGAAAGUGGAUGGUCAAAAGAGGCUAGAGCAGAAGCACCCUUUCCGGAAGAUUUAUAUGGAAUAUGGGGUCGCUUUCAAAAGUUGCCUAAUCUGCAAACAAAAAUUGCAAAGUUUGAAUGAUGUGUCUUUGCCUUUAUUGCUUAAACUACUCCGUACAAAUUGGUUGGAGUUUAUGUAUUAUACUGAUAAGUUCAAAUUUUAA